AUGACGUCCAUUAAAGACUCUAAUAAAUAAUAAGAAGAUGUCUUAUCAAAUACCAUUACAUCUGGAUUUUUUAAUAAUGCAGACGAUAAAACUCAUCUCGAUUCAAGAUAUGAGCUAAAAAUUAAAUCAAAUAGUCAAAGUCGUAACAAUAAAUUUAAAACUGGAAAAUUUCAGUAAUAGACAAAUAAUACAUUGAUGAGUGACCAUGUUCUUAAAUUAAAUAUAAGAGAAAGAAAUAAGCAGAUACCUUUGUACAGCAAAUUUACACCACCUAACUACAAUACUACUGCCUAGUCAACAAUAAGAAAUUACACUUAAUCCAGAUAAAAUAUCUCUGAGAUUAGAAAUAUUAAGACAAAAAAAAUCUUCAAUCAAGUCAAGAAAUUAAGGUAAUAGACUAAAGAUGCAUCAAAUUCGAUAAUCAAAUUAGCUCAUUUGGAAGAAGACUCGAACAUAUCAAAAAGCCAAAUCAGAAUUAAGAGUCGUGAAAGCAAUAAGAGAGAAGUUGUGCUCAGUCAAAGGUUCACAGGUGAUUUUACUAAGAAAGAUGAAUUUGACGAGUCAGCUGAUGAAAAGAUAAACUUGACUCUUGAUGACUACUAUUAACUGAAAGAAAUAAACAAAAGCUUCUUUAAUUUCGAGUCUAAAAAGGAAAAAGAGCCUCCUGACAUGUUACGCCGACCUAGAACACAGAAUAAAACAGUCAAAAAUGCAGUAUAAGCAAGUGAUUUCCAAACAGUUUCAAAUUCAUAAGAGCAGAUUCCUAGAACUAGUUCUGAUACUAAGAUAGUAGCUAGUAAUGGUCUAAAUCUAAAUAUAGAUUCGAAAGGUUUCAUUGAUGAGAGCUCAUACAUUUUUGAGUCUAAUCAUGAGAAUAUUGUGAGAUAUGAAAAUCUAAUGAAAAGAUAAAACUGGUUCGCUAAAGGUUAUGCUCUUGCCACCACAGAAAAGCUAUUUUGA